CGGGCGCGCGGCUGCAUCCCCAUCCUCUUCGUCGCCCGGCACGGCGCGAGCGGCGCGGGCAGCCGAGCGCGGCGGGCGGAGCGCCGAGGCCGGCCAUGGCCACCACCAGCACCACUGGCUCCACCCUGCUGCAGCCCCUCAGCAACGCUUUGCAGCUGCCCAUCGACCAGGUCAACUUUGUAGUGUGCCAACUCUUUGCCUUGCUAGCAGCCAUUUGGUUUCGAACUUAUCUACGUUCAAGCAAAACUAGCUCUUUUAUAAGACAUGUAGUUGCUACCCUUUUGGGCCUUUAUCUUGCACUUUUUUGCUUUGGAUGGUAUGCCUUACAUUUUCUUGUACAAAGUGGGAUUUCCUACUAUAUCAUGAUCAUAAUAGGGGUGGAGAACAUGCACACAUAUUGUUUUGUGUUUGCUUUGGGAUACCUCACAGUGUGCCAAAUUACUAGAGUCUAUAUCUUUGAUUAUGGACAAUAUUCUGCUGAUUUUUCAGGGCCAAUGAUGAUCAUUACCCAGAAGAUCACUAGUUUGGCUUAUGAAAUUCAUGAUGGGAUGUUUCGAAAGGACGAAGAACUGACUCCAUCACAGAGGGGUUUAGCUGUAAGGCGCAUGCCAAGCCUACUAGAGUAUUUAAGUUACAACUGUAACUUCAUGGGUAUCCUGGCAGGCCCACUCUACUCCUACAAAGACUACAUUACUUUCAUUGAGGGCAGAUCAUACCAUAUGACACAGUCCAGCGAAAAUGGAAAAGAAGAAAUGCAGUACGAAAGAACAGAGCCAUCUCCAAAUAUUGCCGUUAUUCAGAAGCUCUUAGUCUGUGGACUUUCCUUAUUAUUUCACUUGACCGUCUCUAAAAUGUUACCUGUGGAAUACAACAUCGAUGAGCAUUUUCAAGCUACAGCUUCCUGGCCGACAAAGGUUACCUAUUUGUAUGUCUCUCUUUUGGCUGCCAGACCCAAAUACUAUUUUGCAUGGACAUUAGCUGAUGCUAUUAAUAAUGCUGCAGGCUUUGGUUUCAGAGGAUAUGACAAAAAUGGAGCUGCUCGUUGGGACCUAAUUUCCAACUUGAGAAUUCAGAAAAUAGAGAUGUCAACAAGUUUCAAGAUGUUUCUAGAUAAUUGGAAUGUUCAGACAGCUCUUUGGCUUAAAAGGGUGUGUUAUGAACGAGCUUCCUUCAGUCCAACUAUCCAGACGUUCAUUCUGUCUGCCAUUUGGCAUGGGGUGUACCCAGGAUAUUAUCUAACGUUUCUAACAGGGGUGUUAAUGACAUUAGCAGCACGAGCUAUGAGAAAUAACUUUAGGCAUUAUUUCAUCGAACCUCCCCCACUUAAAUUAUUUUAUGAUGUUAUAACGUGGACAGUAACUCAAAUAGCAAUAAGUUACACAGUUGUGCCAUUUGUACUUCUUUCUAUAAAACCAUCAUUCAUGUUUUACAGCUCCUGGUAUUACUGCCUUCACAUUGCUGGUAUCUUAGUAUUACUGUUGUUGCCGGUGAAAAAAACUCAGAGAGGAAAGAAUACACUUGAAAAUGUUCAGCUCUCACGAUUCAAAAAGUUUGAUGGAAGAGAAAACUCUCUGGGACAGAACAGUUUUUCCACCAUAAGCAAUGUUUGCAAUCAGAAUCAAGAAAUAGCCUCCAGACAUUUAUCACUAAAGCAGUGAUGGUAAAGGGCUCCAAGGGCUAUUUUUGGAUGUUAACAGAAACCGAUCUUAGCACCGUCUCAAGGGGUUUGUGUGUGUUUGAAAAGAGAUUAUGUGUAGGGGGGGUGAAAUGGAACCGUUUAGAAAGGGAAUUUCCUGUACACCACAUUGGAAAUGGAGUGAAAGAACCCCUCCCAUGCCAUGUCCCUGUGGGCCACGCCUUAUAUAAAAAUAUUUCCAUGUUUCAGUGGGCACGCACAACCUCAGCUUGUGUCCUAGGGUCAGGUGCGUGCCCUGUUGCUGAAUGUAUGUUGCGUAUCCCAAGGCACUGAAGAGGUGGAAAAGAAUCUUGUCAAUCUGGUGAUUGAGAGGAAUUAACUUUUCCAAAUGAAUGUCUUGCCUUAAACCCUCUAUUUCCUAAAAUAUGUUCCUAAAUGGUAUUUUCAAGUGUAAUAUUGUGAGAACACUAUUUCGAUAUUUGAUGUCGUGUGCUGUAAAGGAAUUUAGGAGUAAUUUGAAACAGGAUAUUUAAGAUCAUGGAUAUUUUUAAAAUGCAAUAAACAUCUCAGUAUUGGAAGUGUUUUCUUAAAGUAUCUCAAAUGGCUACAAUACAUAGUGAAACUCUAAACAGUAAUGGAUGCCAAAUUAUAGGUAGCUUAUUUUGCUGCAGAGUUUAAUUACCUUGUGUCAGUCAGAGAGCCCUUCAAGGAGGAAUUUCUUAAACAUAAUUAAAGGUUGGUAAUGUGAUAUUUUAAGCUUAUUUUCUUAAAAGAGAUAGAAAGAGAAGGUGACGCAGACAGGUAGGAAGCCAGGAAUGAAGAAAGCACUGUGUGGCCUGGCGGGGACUCCCUGUGGAGUGCCACUCACCCGACCUGGGGGGUCUUUGUGAGACAUGAAUGUUUAGUAACUUUGUAAUACUUUAGACGUAUAAAUGAAAUUUACCAAGCAUAAGUUAUAUAGAAUUAGAAAGGGUUUGUGAAUGUAAUAAUAGUGGGAGAUUGCUCAAAAGUUUUGCAGGAGAAAUCGCUAGGUACAGUUAAUAUCUGGCUAAGCAAUUUCUUAUCCUUGACUGCUCAAUUCAUAUUUGGGAACGUUUUAGGGAAAUGAAAACUUAGUCAUUGAGUCUGAAUGAUGUUUUUUGAGAAUAAUAUAAAUUCACUUCCAAGUUCUUAACUUCUCACAUUAAAAUUUUGCUCUUAACUUUUAUUAAAAUGAAUUUUAGAUUCUGUAAGUAGAAAAAUGUGCUUUUAUCUUAUGGGCCAUUUUGACCACAGUUAAUGUUGCCUUGAAUUACAGGGUGUUUUCCUGUGAUCCCACCAAUUAUCGUGAUGGCUGCAGGACAGGGGGAUUCGGCUGCAGGCACUGGAGCUGGCCUUCUGGUCUCAGCCACAGGUUGUAAAUCCCGCCCCAUAGGAGGAGAGAGGGUCAAGGCUUUCUGACUUCCCAGUAUUUGACCGAUUUUUUUGUGGGCUUUAUUUUCUUUUGCCUUAAGUUUUUUAGUGAAAUGCAAAUUGUCUAUCUUUGGUGAGUCACUCUCUUUUUUUUUUUUGGUCACUAAUAAAUUGGCAAACAAAGUUAAGGACAAACAGUAGUCUGGCCUGAGCUAUGUAGUCUUUCAUCUGAAGCAGAAAGGAACAGCAAAUGCACUUGGAACUUUUGAGAUCUUAAUCAGCAAAAAUGUCAAUGUGUUUUUUUAGAACUUUAGAAAUAUCCUAGUCUAUUUUUAUUUUUCUAAAGGUAAAUUUUUUUCCAUGUGAUGAGGUUAACCCUGCCCUUCCCUCCCAGAAAAGAAUAGAGAGCUAAAUAAAUUUUCUGUUUUCCCAUGCAUUGAAA